AUGAACUUCAGUGCUGGCACAGAAGGGCUGAUGUUGCCGCUGCUACUAGAUGGCUUCAUCGAGCGGCUGCGCUCGGAAUGCGGCUGCUCCCAGCCGGAGGAGGAGAGCUGCGAGGAUGAGGGUGCCACUUUCUUCCCAGCGAGUAUCCUGCAAUUGAAAUUUGUAAAAUGCGGUGCCUCGGUAGGACUUAAUGCGAGGGUCCUGGAUCUUGGACUUCCGGAUAUGACCACAAGGGGCCUGUGGGCUUCUGUUUAUCGCUAUAGUGAUGCUGCUACUGCUCGCGCAUAUCUCCCGUACAGCAGAUGCUUGAUGCAUUCCAAGAAUCCAGUGCUGGCUGGCAUUGCGCAUAAAUCUACGCCGCCGAUCAAGUGA